CGCAGCGUGACGUGACAUCAGCUGACUGCAGUCAACAGAGGAAGAAGCAGAAGAAGCAGCAGCGUCCAUCGACCUUCAGUCUGUCCGCGUCUCAUCAACAUGGCGAGUCAAUCUCAGGGCAUCCAGCAGCUGCUGCAGGCCGAGAAGAGAGCGGCCGAGAAGGUGGCCGAGGCCCGCAAGCGUAAGAACCGGCGUCUGAAGCAGGCGAAGGAAGAAGCUCAGGCUGAGAUUGAACAGUAUCGGCUACAGAGAGAGAAAGAGUUCAAGACCAAGGAGGCGGCCGCCCUCGGUUCCCAUGGCAACAGCGCGGUGGAGGUGGACCGCGACACAGCUGAGCGGAUGGGUCGUAUCCAGGCCAGUUACCGCGGUAACCGUGAGGCGGUGCUGGGCGAGCUGCUGCGGCGCGUGUGCGACAUCCAGCCAGAGUUUCACGCUAACUACCGCGUGGCCGGCUGAGGGGGGGCGGGGCCAGAGGCGACUGGGACGGGCAGACAGACGUGACAUGGACGUUAGCAACAUUAGCUUCAUUAGCCAAAAGUUUAGUUUGACAAGUUAUUGUGACCUUUUAUUUUGAAGGUGUGACAAGUUCUGUACUUCCUGUUUCCUGCUCCAGGCGCAGACGGAUAAUAAAUGUCGUUACUGUGUUGAUGUUGAAUUUACGGAAUAUUUAUAUUUAUCAGAAUUAAUUUGACCUUUCAAAAUAAAAGCUUGUAUUUACUGCAGCUGUGAAGAGGAAUCAAAUAUCACAUUUGAUGAGUUGAUUGGUUGUUUUCCUUCCAAGUCUCCUCCAAUCAGUACUCGCUGCUCGUCCCUGCUCUCUAACCCGAUUGGCUGGAGAAAGUGGAAAGGCUUUUAUUGUGAUACUCUUGUGCAUUCUACAGUUUUGUGGUUGUUUCCUGUGUGUAACCAUGUGACUUCCUGGUUGUGAUGAUGAAAAUAAUAAACUUAAUGAUGAUUGGCUGAAACUUUGA